GUAAAAUUAGAGAUGAACUUUACUCGCAACUCGUCGAAUACAUACAUAAAUGGAAGCGAAUCUGCAGUCAGCUCUGUUGCGUUGAAUUCCGACGAUGCAACAUGGAUUUUGACAAGUGCCUUCAUAAUAUUUACAAUGCAGUCUGGAUUCGGACUCGUAGAGUCAGGUCUGGUCUCUCAGAAGAAUGAGGUCAAUAUCAUGGUUAAAAAUGCCGUUGACGUCAUAUAUGGAGGACUGUCCUAUUGGUUGUACGGAUUUGCUUUCAGCUUUGGCAUCGCUGAAGGAACAAAUGCCUUUUGCGGCAUUGGUUAUUUUGCGAUGGACGUAGAAGCCGAACAAGGAGAUGUGUUCGCCCUGUAUUUCUUCCAGAUGUCGUUCGCCACCACUGCCACAACCAUCGUGUCGGGGGCAAUGGCGGAAAGAACUCAUCUAAAUGCAUACACAAUUUACUCUUUCACCAACACGAUAUCGUACGUCUUUCCUGCACACUGGCUUUGGGGUGAAAAAGGCUUUCUUAAGGAGCUUGGCGCUAUUGACGUUGCAGGGUGUUCUGGUGUUCACUUAGUUGGAGGAGUCGCUGGUCUGGUGGCGUCGAUCAUGCUGGGUCCAAGACUUGGACGAUAUGACAGUUCCGUCAGACAAGGGAAGCCUGGGUCACUCACCAAUGUUCUUCUAGGAACGUUUAUGUUGUGGUGGGGCUGGCUUGGGUUUAAUUGUGGCAGCACUUUCGGAAUGAGUGGAGGAAAAUGGCUCCUUGCCUCAAGGUCAGCAGUAGUAACGUUGAACGGGUCAAUUGGAGGAGGUAUCUUAGGGAUAGCUUACAGCUACUACUUCCGUAAGGGGAAGCUGGAUGUGGCAGUAUUCAUAACUGGCAUUCUAGGAGGUCUUGUGGGUAUCACAGCCAUCUGUGCUGUGUGUCGUCCUUGGGAGGCCUUCCUCAUUGGAUUCAUUGGAGGAGUGGUGGCAUGCGGCAGUUGUGACAUUAUUGACAGGUUGAAAGUCGAUGAUCCUGUGGGUUGCAUAGGAACUCAUGCUGUGGCUGGUAUUUGGGGGAUGAUUGCAGUUGCUUUGUUUGUCGAGGAGGACGAGCUUGAGGGAUUUUCAGAUGUUCGUGGGCUCUUAAAAGGUGGCAGCGCCAAACUGCUUGGUGUUCAAAUCCUUGCAUGCGUCGUUAUUGGCGCUUGGUCCGCUUUGACUACAUGGUUACAGUUGUUUCUCAUCAACAAGAUUCUUCCAAUUAGACUCACUCGUGAGCAGGAGAUCAUAGGUACUGACAAACUAGAACACGGGAUUGACUGUAAUGAUUCUGAGGACGACAUCAAUGAACUGGAGCACGAUACACUGGAGGGAGAAGAGGACGGAGUCGACAGUUUUGGAGAAUACAUCAAAAAUGAAGCUCCAGCCCUUAACCAUGGUGCCAAAAUGGAUCAAAUACUCUCCAUUCAUAAUCUUCCAUGAUAUGAUCUCCCUUCCAGUUCAGGAAGUCAUUUAUCGAAGCGAAAGAUGAAAAAUGAAGUCGGAGUUCAGGUGGAUCUGCAAGACCAUUAACUUUUCCCGGUAUCAAGUCUCCUCAUAAGAGCUUAUAUUGGUAUCUCUGAAUCAAAUUCAAGUUUCAUUUUUUUGGCAAACGUAGAAAAUGUGCUAUCGACUAUUUAUAACUAACUCAAUGAACUCAGGAAUAAGUCAGGUUUAGUAGGCCUAAGACUCAGCUAAUGCGGACUAACUAAGAGUGUCUACACCUAAUAAAGUGUAAAGUACUAAAGUAGUGCGAAAGAUUCACGUUUACAUUUAUUCUAUUUCGAUUGAUAGGCGAUGGUAAUCAUUGCGAGAAACUAGUGAGAAAUUUGUUAAUAGGUUAGCAGACGACUGUUUACAACUUUACCAUGACGCUUACUUUGGAAGAAAACGCUUUUUUAUCGCAGCAAUUGUUCAUGUUCGAUAAUCAAGUUUAAUUAGUUCCUGUUCAGAAGAUUAAUUUACGUUCCGAAAAAAACUAGUUUCUUUCAAUCGUUCACUAAAAUUUUAGCGGUUUUGAAUAACAGCUUAGCCCUGACACCUCAGCUUUCGGAGGUUUUUUUCCUUCAUUUUCCUUAACUUGAAAAACUUAUGAACUUUAAUUAAGGUUAAGUAUGUACCCUGGUGAUUAUGGAAAAGGUAUGGGGAAGAAAAAUCGUACUUUCUUUCCCAAAGAACUGUUUUCACUUUUGAAAAUAUGAGGCUGUGUAGAAAAGUUCAAUCAUAAUCUUUCUUGUAAUCUUGAGAAUCUGUAAAACUGUUCCUCGUACUUAUAUCGCACAACCAUUUUCAGACCUGCCAGAUGUUAAACAGAACAGGAAUUUAAAGCUGCAAUUAUCUCUGAAAAAUGCUGAAUGACGGAUGAUGGAUAUAGCUGUGAUAGGCACGCCCAUGAUUAUUAUUUUAAAAAGACGUCUUCCGCCUGAAUUGUGACGCGUGUAGCUGGGCUGGUGUUGUAAAGUUGUAUCCUUACUGUGUUGACCAGAAUAAACUCG